CGGAGUUCCCAUUAGGUCCAUUCGAUCAUCCUCCGUGAGGCUUGCGGGCUGAGAGGAGAAGCUUUCAUCACCGAUCCACUGAACGGAUAAACACCAAGCGCUGCCAUGACUGAACCAGAAGUGAACCCUAAAGCCUACCCACUUGCAGAUGCCCAGCUCACAAAAACCCUUUUGGAUCUUGUUCAGCAAGCCGCUAAUUACAAGCAGCUUCGCAAGGGUGCUAAUGAAGCUACAAAAACCCUAAACAGAGGCAUAGCUGAGUUUAUAGUCAUGGCGGCUGAUGCAGAACCCUUGGAAAUUAUUCUACACCUCCCACUCCUGUGUGAAGACAAGAAUGUCCCCUAUGUGUUUGUGCGCUCCAAGCAAGCACUUGGAAGAGCUUGUGGAGUCUCUAGGCCAGUGAUUGCUUGUGCAGUCACCAUAAAGGAAGGUUCCCAGCUGAAGCCUCAAAUCCAGUCUCUUCAGCAGUCUAUUGAGAGGCUGCUGGUGUAAUUUGAUGGUUGUAUGUUCACCUUCCCUUUCAGAAGAGCUGUAAGGCGUUUCAUCACACUGUUUGAUUUAGUAGCUUUCGAAGAAAACCAGUGGUGAGUUUUGUAUCUUUGGCUGGAGCCAAGUUACAACAGCACAACUGAGUGAAGUCUUAUGAGUUAACACAUUUAACAGCAAUUGUAGCUGAGGACUAUAUUGAGCUGUCAUCAGUUUCUUUUUACUUUUUACAUUUGCAGUUGUUUUGAAUUGCUUUUGUGUCAAACAGGAUCUUGAAAGAUUUAUUUUCAUUACACUGACUUGUAUUGUAUGUAUUUUUAAUAAAAAUAUACAUGUGAA